AACACUAAUUGAAAAAAGUUCAAUAGCAGGCUAUACAGUUUCAUGAAUAUCCAACUUUAAUUUUUAAUGAUUUUAAGUUUUAGUAAAAAGGGUCCUAUUUUCAAUCUCAUCAGUUUUCUGUAUUAUACAGAACCUUUAUUUCUAACAUUGGGGAAAAGUAGUUCCCAUUUAAAAUUAUAAAAUAGGUCAACUGGUUACCAAAUACUUCUGCAUGACUAGUGCAAAUUAACAAUCAACAACUGUGUUGACAGAGACACUGCAAUAGGUAGUAAAAACUCCCUUAACUGUGUUUAAACAGAAGACUUCAUGCAUUGAGGAAAUAGACAGAUAGUCCACAUAGAAUUUGAUUUCAUAAUAUGAGAGAGCCCUUGGGAGAGAGGCACUUGGCCAUUAAUAUUGACAGCAUGUGAAGAAAUCCACUGCAGUCAUUAAGUAAACACUGCAAGCCCAGGCAAGCCCCUGGCGAAAUUUUACAACCAGGCUCAGAUUUCACUGAACCAAACUCCAAUGGACUGUCAGCUAGAGAGGAGUAGAAACGGCAUUUGUUUAGGGUAACACAGCCAAUUCACAAGGAUCCCGAAGCAGCAGCACUUCUCCAAAGCAAAGAAAUACCUGGCUACCGAGGAGGACUGCUAUUUAAAGACAAGCCUCAGGAGGGUGAAAGCAACACACAAGACUCUUACUAAAGUAUAUACUAUGAUUAAAAACUAACCGAUAAGAUUCAUACAUUUAAAAAAAGACAAGCCGAGUAAAUUUAAGCAGAUAUCCGACUGGUCUCGAGAAGUCUUAAGGUACAAUUUGAAAAUGGAUAAUGGUUUGCAGCGGAGCGGAGUAGCAGACGCCUACCCGUUGAGGUUGCUGGAAGGAGCAAGUAGCCUCAGAGCGCAGAACGCACUGUGCGAUGUUGCUCUGGAAGCCGAUGGGGUGGCUUUCCCAGCCCAUAAAGUCAUCUUAGCUUCGGCAAGCAGCUACUGCAGGGUUCUCUUCGUAGGCAACGCUGUAAACCCCGAAGCAAACAACGUGAAGCUGAAAGAUGCGAGCGCUCGAGGGCUCAAGCAAGUGCUGGACUUCAUUUAUACCAGCAAGCUGGAGCUGAGCAUGAGCAGCUUGGAAGACACGCUCAAGGCAGCUGAAAUCCUGCUGGUCCGGGAUGCCAUUAAGCUGUGCUUCAAGUUCUUGGACGAGAACCUGAACCAGGAAAACUGCUUGGAAGUCCUCAACAUCGCCAAAAAGUUCUGCCCAGACGAGCUGAGGCAGAAAGCUGCCUCCUACGUCGGCCGACAGUACAAAACGAUACUGCAAGACCACCAGCGCCUGGUGGAGCUUGACGAAGACAUUCUCCGAGACAUCUUGAACAAGAGCGAGCUCAGGGAGUACAGCGAACUGGAGCUCUUCGACUGCGUCAUGACGUGGCUGCGCCACGACAAGGAAAGAACCAAAGCGGCGAGGGACCUCUUGAAAAGGAUACGGUUCCCGCUCAUCCCCGCGGACGACCUGCAGAAGUUCGUCCAGGAGACGUCCAUCAUGAAGACCGACUCGGAGUGCUUCAGGUACCUGCAGGACGCUCUGAGGUACCACUCACAGCUGUACACUCAGCCCGCACUGCAGUCCCAGAAGACCCAGAUCCGCUCGGACUCGGCAAACCUGCUGGUCCUGGGGGGCAGGACUAGCGACAACAAAGUCUGCAGCGACAUCUGGGCUGCAGACGAGGAAUGCAGCGGAUGGAAAAAGCUGGGGGAACUGCGCACUCCUGUGUACAAUCACUGUGCUGUUGUUAUCGGUAACUUCUUGUUUGUUAUUGGAGGACAAUACAAGUUUGAAGCAGCAGGGAAGCAGCCAACAAAUGAAGUUUUUAGGUUCGACCCCCGCAAUGGCUCGUGGCUGCAGGUGGCCGGGAUGUUAGAGAAGAGGACUCGCUUCCACGCAGGCGUGCUAUCAGACCACAUCAUUGCCGUGGCAGGUGGCACCCUGCUGGGCAACCUCACCAACACAGUGGAAGAGUACAGGCCCACGGACAACAAGUGGGCUUUUACUGCGCCUUUCCCCGUGGCCGUGGCAGACCACGCGGGGACCACGCACAAGGGCAUCCUCUACAUUUCAGGAGGGUUCUCAGCAGGACAAUCUCUAAAUGACCUGUACAGCUACCUCCCCCGACUCAAACGCUGGGUCAUCAAUCACCCAAUGACAUUUCCCCGCUGUGACCAUGGCAUGGCUACAGUUGAAAACAAGAUUUUCUGUGUAGGAGGUCGGAAAUUAAACUCUUUAGACGACUGGGUGCAUGUGAACGAGACAGAAUACUACUGUCCAGAGUCUGAUCAGUGGACAACACUCAAGGUGUCUCCCUUUGACUGCUCUCAGUUCAGCCUGCUUGCACAUGGCUCCAAGCUCUACAUCACAGGAGGAGGGUCGCUGCGGGAAAUGAACAAGAAAGAGGGCGUGUUCAUCUACGACUGCGAGGGGAAGAGGUGGGAGAGAGCCGCUUCUCUGCCCGUGCCCCUGGUCGAUCACACAGCCUGCCUGCUGAAACUGUCUGCCGGGAUUGUACAGAAACUAAAAUCAGAGGAGAGAGCGAGCUCGCCCUUGCCCUCCUCCUCCUCCUCCUACACUAAAAAGUCAACUCUCAAUCUGUUUGUUAUGGACUGAGGUGCACUAAGGGAGACUGAGGGUGGGGGGGAUAUUAAAAAAAUAUGUUAGUGGAAAUAAGGAGAAUUAUUUAUAUAUGAAUCAGUCCAGAGGACAGUCCUUGCCUGCAGGGACCUGCAUUAUAUUGCCCUGUUGGUACCUAUAGUUCUUCCCUCGGGGUCCAUAGUUUCCCCACUAUGAGCUUCCUCACCAGUCCAUGUUUACAAUGUAUAAAAAUCAAACCAGAAAUUCAUUU